UUCAGGGCGAUCUGUAAGACGAAGACAAUGGCACGUUCACCGCAUGCCCAUGCCUCACAGUUCGACUUCUUCGUUCGUGUUUUGCGUGCAUUCUUAGGCUUGUCUUCGAUCUAGUUAAGGGGGCCUCGCCAAAGACUGACGAAAAUAUGGAAUUGGGUCCGUUUAGUACUGGAUAGAAAGGGGUACCUUCCCCAGUAAAUACUAUAGCUAUUUGACAUGCUCAGCAUGAGUCUUCAGUCAAUAUAGUAUUCAAUCCGAUGUUACUAUCAUACUUGCUACAUGAAAUAAAAAGUUGCCACGAGCUUACAGUGACGUCACAAUCGAGGUUGUCAAUCUUCCGUCAUGCCGCCUGGCUUAGAAUUGCUCUCAUCGCUAUGUAUACCCCAGGAAUUUUCGCGCUAUGAGAAACUGGACGACGCAGAAAUUAUACAGAGAUUACAGAGAUGGAAAAGUGACGCGUCCCAGGUCCUCUUUGAGCUCCAAACUCUACUCAGCCAACACGAUGAAAACCUUUCUCUGGAGGAUCAGGUUGACAUUGUCGCGUCGGUUGUACCUUUCGAAGGCGAGGAUCCAUGGGUAGUGCCAAAGUCGCGUGAAAUUUCGAUGGAUAUCCUGCAUCGUUUUCAUGAGCCGGAUGUGCGUUUGUUGAAGCGAAUCUUGACGCAUAACGUGAAACCCCUCUUCCUAUCGACUCCUCACCCGUCCUUGAACCUUUCUACCGGUCGUAAACUGCCUCGUCUUGCCGGGGGACCUAUGGCUUCCCAGGACUACUACGAGGAGCAAACAUGGAAAGAACAUCCCGAGACAGCGAGCCUUGUGUCGUUUGUAGUAAGGAAUAUCCGGAGCGAGGAUUACGAGGACUUAUGGCAUCUUGUCAUACCUUCGGUGAUGUCCCUCCUCGAUGACUAUGAAGCUCGCUACAAGAUCAAAGGGGUGCGAAUAGUGUCCGAAAUGUUGCAAAAAGUCCCAAAGACGCUCUUAAAGCGCACUGGAAUCGAUGGACUGAUAUUGUCGUCUCUAAACAAUUGCUUGGGGCACUUGAAAGAUCCAGAGUCUCCCGAACUUCUACGGGCCGCUAUUUCCGCGAACUUGUCAUUGAUAUUGCUCACUACCGAACAUGGGACCACACAACAGUUCGAUCAGCUGUGUGCAUUGCUGGGUGACGGCAUAAUCGGAACUGUUUGGUUAUACGCGUCUGACAGCUUUGAGGUGAUCUUGGCUACGGUUGAAGCACUUCCACCUCUGAUGAAGGCAUUAGACAUCGGCAUCGCACGUUAUCUCAAGGCUCUUGUCCCACAGCUUGUACACCCUCUUUACCCGAAUUCUGUGAGACCGACCCCCGUUGUAUUGCAGAAGCAUUCGUUGAUUGCUCUCGUGACUGUCAUUAACGAAUGUUCCCCGAGAAUCGGCGGAUGGAAAGGAACGAUCUUAGAUGGUGUUGGAAGAUGUUGGGUGGCGCUUCAAGAUGUUGAUCCCAGCAGAAAUGAUGAUGGUGCUUGUGAAGAGUUGAAGGAGCUGCUCCGUAGCACAUGCAAGCAGCUCGCUAAUGCGUGUCCUUCGGUCAUUCAGGAGUGAAUACAAACGGUUCCUCGCUGUUAAUCACGAGAUGUUUUUCGACCUCUUGAGCCCCGCUCUUCAAGGAUGAAUACAGGGCCUGAAGGGGGGUAAGUCUCCCCGGAGUGGGCUCCACGUAUGAUUUCAUGACGUUUAUAGCUAGACAAAGAAAGGGCUGUACAAUCACAUGGAAUAUCGUGGUACUACCAUCGCACACAUGUAUGCAACAUUGAAACUGUGUGGUGUGGUAUACGGAGCAAGCGAGAUCACCGAUCUUGGGGGAUCCGCUGACAAGAUUCAUCUUAGUAUGUACCUAAUUUAACGAGAGCCUUCUCGGUUGAGUGGUGUGAGAAAUACCAGCCAGAGAAAAGAAAUUAUGGGUAUUCCACAGGUCGGCG